CAUCAUGAACACUCUGAACCAGCAGUAUGAGGAGAAGGUGCGUCCCUGCAUUGACCUCAUUGACUCUCUUCGCUCUCUGGGUGUAGAGAAGGACUUGGCGCUGCCUGCUAUCGCCGUGAUUGGAGACCAAAGCUCGGGGAAGAGCUCCGUGUUGGAGGCGCUGUCAGGGAUUUCACUUUGAAUUUUUUCAGGCAUUGUGACAAGAUGUCCUCUCGAACUAAAGAUGAAGAGAAAGAAAGAAGGAGAGGAGUGGUACGGAAAGAUAAGCUACAUUGGCCUUGAGGAAGAGAUAAAGGACCCUGCAGAUGUGGAAAAAAAGAUUCGAGAAGCUCAGAAUAAAAUAGCUGGGCCCGGGUCAGGGAUCAGUGAUGACCUCAUCAGUCUGGAGAUCGCCUCUCCUGAUGUUCCAGACCUGACGCUCAUUGACCUGCCCGGCAUCGCCAGGGUGGCUGUACAGGGACAGCCAGAGAACAUUGGAGAGCAGAUUAAGAGACUGAUCCAGAAGUACAUCACAAAACAAGAAACCAUCAGCUUGGUGGUUGUUCCUUGCAACGUGGACAUAGCAACCACAGAGGCUUUGAAGAUGGCAAAGGAAGUGGAUCCUGAUGGAGAGAGGAGUUUGGGUAUCUUGACCAAGCCUGAUCUGGUGGACAAAGGGACAGAGGAGACCGUGGUUAACACUGUCCACAAUGAGGUCAUCCACCUGAGGAAGGGCUACAUGAUCGUCAAGUGCAGGGGUCAGAAGGAGAUCAAAGAGAAGGUUUCUCUUACUAAAGCAAUAGAAAGAGAGAAAGCCUUCUUCAAAGAUCAUGUGCAUUUCCAAAUUCUCUACGCUGAAGGCCUUGCCACUGUUCCUAAACUGGCAGAAAAACUCACUCUUGAACUGGUGCAUCAUAUCCAGAAAUCUCUGCCUCGACUGGAAGAGCAGAUAGAGAAGAAACUAAUAGAGACUCAGGUAGAGCUGAACAAAUAUGGCAAUGGACCCCCACCUGACACAUCAGAGAGACUUGGUUUCCUCAUUGAUAGAGUGACAGCAUUUACACAGGAUGCUAUCAGCCUCACCACAGGAGAGGAACUCAAAUCUGGAGUCAGGGUCAAUAUCUUUUCCAUACUCAGGAAAGAGUUUGCAGCAUGGAAAGAAAUGAUAGAGCGGUCUGGAGUAACAUUCAACUGGAAUAUUGAGAAAGAGGUGGCUCAGUAUGAGCGAAAGUAUCGUGGAAGAGAACUGCCAGGCUUCAUCAACUACAAGACCUUUGAGGCCAUGGUCCAGGAGCAGAUCAAACAGCUGGAAGAGCCAGCUGUGCUGAAACUCAAGGAAGUGGCAGGCAUGUCUUAUUAUGAUGCAAUAAUUGCAGAAAUUGUGAAGAAAGAGCUUUUCAAGGUGGCACAAAACAGCUUUGUUGGAUUUCCUAACCUCAUGCGAGCAGCCAAGAUGAUGAUUGAAGCCAUCAGAAAGGAGAAGGAGAUUGUAGCAGAGUCCAUGCUGAGGACUCAGUUUAAGAUGGAGUCGAUUGUUUACACUCAGGACAGCACAUACAGCAAGAAGUUGGGGAAGCGGAAGAGGGAAGAUCUACAGGAUGGCGUGACUGGCGUCAGUGUUACACCAGUGAAGAAGGGCACCUUCGGUAACACCAGUAGCACUGUGGCCAACAAUGACACUAGGGCCACCCUGCAAGAGAUGUUAAAACACCUUAAAUCCUACUACCAAAUUGCUGGCCAGCGUCUGGCUGACCAGAUCCCCCUGGUGAUCCGCUACCAGAUGUUGCAGGAGUCUGCCAUCCAACUGCAGAGAGAGAUGCUGCAGAUGCUUCAGGACAAAGAGAAAAACAAGGUCCUGCUUCACGAAGACUCUGGCAUAACAAACAAGAGAAUCCACCUUCAGAAGCGCCUUGAGCGCCUGUCAAAGGCACGCCUUCUGUUGAUUGACUUCAGCAUGAACAUAUACAACUUCAACACAACACAACUGUAGUGCAAACCAGAUUUUUAAUAGAAGAAGACGCUCAGAUAUUAUAUUGGUUACAUAGAUUUAUAUGUUUUUGGCAUAAUUAGUCAUGUAUUUUAUUAAAAUAAAAAGAGGGAGUUGUUACAUUAUCAGAUUAUAUAUUCUAUUAUGUGCUUAUGUUUCAUGAAUAAUUUCAGACGUAUUCCAUUCCAUGUUAGUUAUUGUGCAUAUUUUGUUGUGUUUGUUGUUUUUUUCUGGGUUUUUGAGUAGUAUAGUUUUGCUUUUGAUUUGACACCCUACAUUGAACCACAAGAGCUGCCUCUAAAUUAAUCUGAAGCAGGCAUGUUUGGUCUAAGCAUAUAUUUUAGGGGUUCAGCUUUACAGACAUUUUCACCAGUAAUAACAGAAAAAGUACAGUUUUAACUAAUAAUAUUAAUAUUGAGGCUCAGUUCCAUUGGAGUGUCCCAGUGAGCCAUCAUUGUAAGAGGGUCCAACAGGAGGGAGGUGUGUCUACUCUUUUGAAGCACUUUCCCCACAAGAACUUUAUUUAACAACAUUUAAUAACGUAAAACUUAAGUAGCAUUAAUGUAAUAUUAGGUUAAAAUACUAGUUAUAUAUUCAAGAAUCCUAAUUUACCACCGCACACAGAAAUGACUUUACUGUGAUUUAUUAGGAGUGAGCGACGUGUUUCGCCUGUAGCUUCCUCAAGUUUGCUGAUCCAAAGGGGAAUCAUUACAGUGUGCCAGGUUUGAUUUUUAACUACAUGACUGUUUGUUUAUGAGUCAUAGCCCACUAGUUAUAUAUUUCUUGUAGAGUGUACAGUGAGAAAUGAACAAGUUAGCUAAUAAAUAUAAGGUUAGACUGGUUGUUUGUAAUGGUGGUGUGUACAGUAUAACAGUCAAGAACUGUAAAACCAUGUGCCAAAGAUUGUAAUGUUUACAUGACUUAUCCUCUAAAAUAAACAGAAAAUA